AGUAAAUUGGUCUAUCAAGUACACCCGCUACCUGAUCAAAUUUUAGAUUAUGUAUGGGAUUAUGGUGUCCUUAAACUUGAGGAAGAAAAGGCUUACAUUGAGAUCAUGGUGAAAAGUCAGAUAGGAGCACAACCGCUAUUUGUGGAUUUGCUUUGUGAAUCACAGAAAUUCAUUCGAAUGGUUGAAGAAUCAUACACAGUUAGCCUUCGCGAUGUAAAACGAGCAAUAAAGCUGGCCUUAUGGUUCCAGAAUAGUAUGAGGGAUCGACCACCUGCAACGCAUCCUCGUGGUCUCGCUAUUUACUUACAAUUUUGGAACUAUCCACCAAAAGACAAAAGAACAUUGAUACGUAAUAGCUUUGUUCUAUCACUUGGACUUUGCUAUCAAUCACGUUUAUAUGAUCAAGAUUUGCGAAAAAGAUAUCGAGAGUGUAUGGCGAAAGUUUUUAUGGAACAUAAAGAAAGACUUAGUGCUUCAGAUUUUCAAAUGAUAAUUCGUAGAGAGCAAGAAGAUUUUAUGCGAAGAAUGGUUUGCCCUCCAUCUACAGCAGAUAAUGACGCUCUUUUGGAGAACAUUCUUGUGAUGAUUGUUUGCAUAUUGAAUCAAAUUCCUGUUUUUAUUAUCGGAGCUCCCGGAAGCUCAAAGUCUUUGGCAGUACGACUUAUUAGCUCAAAUCUUCGAGGAGCAGAAUCAGAUGAUGAAUAUUUCAAAACAUUACCACAAGUAUAUUUUAUACCGCAUCAAGGUUCUGCCUCUUCAACUUCAGCCGGGAUACUUAAAGUUUUUGAUAAAGCAGAAAGUUAUCAGAAAACAAGCUCAGAGGCAUUUCCUGUGCAAGCUGUUGUCCUUCUCGAUGAAGUCGGUCUAGCAGAAACUAGUCGAUUCAAUCCUUUGAAAGUUCUUCACGCUCUUUUAGAGCCUGGUUUCGUAAAGGAUGAUUCUAUUGAAAGUCCAAAUAUGUCAGUUGUUGAAGAAUCUGAAGAAAUUCAAUCAAAACCACUUAUAGACAUAGAAUCAAUUUUCGACACUGAAGAUCCCAUAGAAGGUUCAUCAUCAUCAGUGUCGAUUAAUAAGGAAACUCCUAAAGAUGGGCCAACAGUAUCAGUUGUUGGUAUUAGUAAUUGGCGUUUGGACAACAGUAAAUCGAGCCGAGCGUUGCUUGUGCAAAGGCCAAAAUUUGGCAUUGAGGAUCUUACUUUAACAGCUAAAAUGCUUUUAGAUAACGAUAAAAAAGCCAAAAAUAAAAUAGAUACUUCUAUACUCAGACAACUUGCUAAAGCCUACCUUGAUUACGAAAAGAAUCAAAAAUAUAAAAAUUUUCAUGGGCUUCGCGAUUAUUACGCAUUGGUAAAAAGCUUGAGUGGCUCCGACUUGACAAUGCAAUCUUUAGAACUAGGGCUUAUAAGAAACUUUGGAGGAACCGAUCAGACUAAAUUAAUAUGCGAAAAUUAUUUUGGUCAAGUUCUAAAAAGUUUCAACAAUAGUAAGAAUUACACAUACAGAUCGAUUUCCGUAGAAAAGCUUAUAAAUGAGAAUCUGAACCGAAAGGACACAAGGCAUUUGAUGGUUAUUGGUAAAAGCGAUUCCCUAGUCAACAUCUUAACAUAUCAUGUACGAGCGCAACAUUUAGAUCCUGUCGUGUUAUGCGGGUCACAAUUUCCUGAUGAUGGUGAUGGUGAUUAUUUAUACGCAAUGUGUGUUGAAGCAGGAAGACCUUUAAUUCUCUCAGAUCUUGACAUUAUUUAUGGAAGUCUUUACGAUCUAUGGAAUCAGAAUUAUAUUACUCUUGGAAACCGCGAAGACACAAAGUAUUACGCACGCGUUGCACUUGGAGCUUAUUCUAAUCCAAUGUUAUAUGUACACCCGGACUUCAAAUGUAUUUUGGCAAUGGAUGAGGAUAAACUCGAACAUACAGAUCCACCUCUGCUCAACCGAUUUGAAAAACAGAGAUUAACAAUUAAUGAUAUACUCUCUGAACGCCAAAAAGAACUCUGUGAAGUUUUACUUAAAUGGGUUCAUCAAAUAUCAAAAUUGCAAAGUGCAAAAGCAAAUGAGUUCAACGAAAAAGACAUUUUUAUAGGAUUUGAUAAAGAAGAAACCGUUCAGAGCUUGUGUAAGGAGAGGUUAAUAGCUAUCGCCUCAUUAGAUGGUAUGGUGCGAGCUAGGCAAUCCAUUUUAAACAUGAGAAAUCCUCAAGAAAUUAUUGAAUUGAAUAAUUCCUAUUUUAAGAGUGGUCUGCAUGAUGAUAUUGAGUCAUGUUUAAGGCUAUUGCUUGGUGAUGGAAAAAGUCGAGAAAAUAAAGAUGGUCAAUUAAUCAUCGUAAAUACCUUUUCGAACAUUAAUACUGAUGUUAAAUCAUGCUUAGAUGCAUUGGUAACUUGCCAAGUGGAUAAACUUUCGACAUUCAAAACAGAAGCUCAACUUCAAGAUCGAAUAAAACAUUUUUGGCUAGAUAGUAACGAUGAACUUUUAGUUCUACAAUGCGAUCUAUCAACAGUGAAUUUUGGAUGCAUUAAAUUGGCGAAAUUCAUUAUCGAACAAAUAAGAACAAAAUAUCUGGAAAAAAAAAGGAAAGUAGGCAUUAACAUACCAACUAAGCAUGCUUGUAUCAUCUUACAUAUUCAUCGUGAACAGAAAGCCGCUACUGUUUCAUUCGAUUUCAUAUGUGGAUGGAAUCAAAUUACUGUUGGAACAUUGACACCGGAAGAGGAAAACAUGCAAGUUUUUAUGCAAGGAAAGAUUACAGAUGUUAUGAAUUCGGUUUUCCCAUUCGAAGAGAUCUUAGAGCAGGAAUUAUUAUGGUGUCUCCUCUGCAUUAAGUAUCCAUCUACAUCAGAGUCUGUAGAGCAUAUUAAGUACCUUGUUGAUGAAAUUCCUCAACAUCCACGAUUUAUAGAAGUUUUAAAACAAAGAACAUUGAAAUGGUUGGAUGAAAACAUUUCCGCAGAUUGGCAGCUGCAGGUUGCCUCUGACAAAAAAAUACUUUAUCUACAUUCAUCAUUCGCUUCUGCUCUUAGAGCUUAUGUUCGAAUUAUUGUGAGGAAAUAUAUUGCAAAGUUGUUAUGCUCACUUGAACGGCUGUCUGCUCUCAAAACUUUACUAAAUUUAGAGCGCAAAAACGGUGACAAUCAUCUUAUUGAAUUUUGGUAUCAGAUGUUUAACGAUGAUAGUAUUAUUGACAUUGAAAUCCUGAUGGACGCUAAACCUGAUGGAUAUCCUAUUACAAAUGGCCCGUAUAGCAUGGAAUUCCCCUUCUCAUUUUAUAUUAUCAAACAAAUUAAUAAUUAUGAAAAACUUUAUUUGGAGGACGUUAAGGUGCUUGAAGAUAAAAAAAAUAUCGAUAACGUUACAGGAAAUUUAUCAAACGAAGUAUUUGUUAAUUGUUUUGAAAGGUUCCAAAACAUUUUAUCAAAUAUUCCUGCCCUUAAACAUGAGACACUUAAAAAAUCAAUUGACUUAUAUUACAAAGAUUUUCUUACCUUUAUCUCUUCUGGACUUGGAGGCAAUGAGAAUCGUAAACUCAUCGAUCUUUUACUACAACGACAUUUGGGUAAAAAACUAAUCCUGAAUCCUAUAAUACUUCAUACUUAUUGUUGGGGGAAUUCAGAUAUUAUAAUUGCUGAAUUACAGUUAGCUAAACUUUGUUCUUCAAUUACUAAUGAAUUAAACAAAGAAAUAAGUGAUGAUUUUGAUUUCCAGAAUUCUGUAAAAGAUCUUUCAGAUAUAGCUAUUCAGUUAACGCUAGACCGUGUCCAUAUGAUGGAUGAUAAAAGAGAAUUGCAAGAGUGGCAGAUUGAAGCCUCUCAAGUUAUUCACCUUUGUUCCGAAUUGUCAACGGAUUCCUCACCCUUUCUUCAUCUUCUUAAUAUAUGCAACGAUCUUCUUAUAUCAAAAAAAAUAGUUUAUCCGAAUCAUCUCUCGACAAUUAUUAACCUUGGACGUAAUUAUGAUGGUUCAAAUAGCGACUUUACAAACUAUAUUUUUAAAAUGUUUGGCAAUACAAAAAACAAUACAAAGAGUAGCAUCGCAAAACAAAAUUUUAUUUUACAAAUAUUAGAGAUUAUUCCGCUUGAAUCACCUGAUCGCUUGCAUGUUUAUGAACAAUUAUUUGCACAAGCUCAACCAUCACAUUUCACAGCCUUUACAAUACUUUACAUUUUUCGUUCGGAAGAGAAGGAUUGGUUCUCAACUAUAAUUAGGAAUGCAAAUGAAGUAUUAAAUUUUUCAUCAAGACUCAAUAUAAUAAACCAACAAUUAGGAAAGAAUCAUGAUUCACAGUUAGCAGCAUUAUGCUGUGAUGUUAUUCAAAAAGGAUUUUUGGCCUGGGUUGGGUUGCAAAGGCUUAAAGGAUUAUUUAAAGAUGCUAUACAGGUUUUGUGUGCCAAUAACGCCAAACCGUUACAACUUGUUUGUGCCAUAGCUCUAUUAAAGCAAAUCGUAGAUGAUUUAUGGUCAUCAGCAAGCUUAGACAAAGCUUUUACUGAGCCGAUAAAAUUUAAUAUUAUUGAUUCAAAUGAGUUCAUGGCUAUCCUAAAUGAAUUGAUGCAGAAACCACAUCCAUUAAUCCAAUCGCUCAAGUUCUAUUUUCUAAAGAAUUUACGAGCUCGCAGCUUCACGAUGAGUGAUCUUAAACAAUUUUUCAAUCUUAACCAAACGACUCUACCAUGGCUUUCUGAUUUACCAUGGAAUAAAGAUAAUAAUUCUCGAUUACCUCUCAAUCCUUACUUUUUGUUUAAGGAAUAUGAUGAAGCAGAGGAUGCCUUGAGCAAACCAAAAUUAAAGGACUUUUUAAAGAAGCUUGAACCAUAUAACAAAGUUAAUUUGCGCAUUUCUUUUAUUGGAGCUAUUGUAGCCAACCUAUAUAUAAUUAAUGCGACACGCAACUUGAAUGCAAAUGAAAAGAAAAUAGUUAAUACUUUGCGUUCAUCUUUAAAUAAUAUUAAUUUAUCACCAGCAUACAAACAGCUUGUGAUGGGACUUUUGGACAACGAAAACCCUAUGCUACGAAUUAACCCGAGAACUAAUAACGAAGAUUUGUUAAUUCGCUUGGUCAUCAUUCAUAUACUUGCAGUUCAUGCUUCAAUUCCAGCAAACGAUUCACCAUUAGCGCUGUACCUUCACCAAUUACAACAUUGUCACUACACAUAUAUACUAACUUGUCCAUCUGAUGAAGAAGCAAUUUUAAUGGGUGCACUUAGCGGAUUUUCAUGGUACCAAUGUGCAUGUGGAUACAAAUAUGUCGUUGGUGAAUGUGGUCAAACUAUGCAGGAUCGACGCUGUCCAAGAAAUUGUGGCAGAAUGGUUGGCGGGCAACAUCACAGAGCAGCAGCAGGUCAAACAAAAUUAACUGCCAGUCAGGUUCAAAAUGCAGUCUCUAACAAAGAUAAAACUGGUUAUAUAAUGGAAGCAGGAACAUUAGAACGAGGCAAAAGUGUUCGCGAAAUGACUGCAUCAUCAUAUCGAAUAUUGCACCUUUUUGUUCACGCUCUUAUUGCCGCCUCUCCAGAUUCACGUGCAUUCUUAAAUCAUAUUGCAGAUCCUAUUGCACACUGUUUAGAUCAUAUUACCAAAGAUUGGAAAGUAUUAAAAGAUCUCAUAAACUGUAGUAAUGAAGAUUUGGCUUUAAUAUUACACGAUAUACUUCAUUCGAUUACACAUUAUCCGAUCACACAAGAUGGUCAAAGUCGAAAUCCCAUGUUAAGAACAUCAGAAGCACGAAUAAAUUGGGAACGCCAAUUCACUAGAAAAUACAUUACUGAUCGGGCUGAUCGGGUUAAGAAUCCUAUAACUGUAGCAAUGAAUUUGCGUGGUAAACUCCAGAAAGCUAAAGAUGAAAGGAAGAAACAAACUACUACUCUUGAAGCAGAAAUAAAUGAAACUUUGGCAUUUGACAAUAUCAAUAGAACAAGACGAUUACCUAGACUUUGGAGACAUAUUGGAAAUACGAGCUUUAAUGACUUUCGUGCAUAUUAUGAAAAUAAUGAACACUAUCAGAAGGAUUUUCCAUUUAUUUCAGUCUAUUUCAAACAUGAAAAGGUUCUACAGCAUCUGAAGCAUCUGAAUAUUUUAGUAAAAUUUGUACGUAUACUUUCCUCGCGUCUUAACUAUCGAAUUAAACGGAAUGAUGCAUUACAUAUGACAUUUCGAGAGUUCAUACAUGAGCAUGAAAAACUUCAGCAUUCUCUUCGAGUUACAUUUGAUAAUUUUGCAAAGUCAUGGAAUGCAAUUAUGCCUCUUAUUGAUAGAUAUCAAUGUCAUGAUCUACCUACAAAAAAACCUGAAAUGAAUUUGGAUUGUCAAGUCGUAUUUGGCCUUAUGGAAGGCAAGGAUUCUGGCCUAUUUCUAUGCGCAGCUCUGGAAUAUUUAGUUGAUCUUCAAAACAAAUUCCUACAUGAUGUUAUUGAAUCAG